AGUAAUCAAUUUGACGAACUUGAGUGUACACAAAUCGAUACUUGAACAAAAAAAAAAUUUUACAAUCAAUUUUAAAAUAACAAUAAUAAAAUUUAAUCAAAAAUAAAUCUUAAAUAUAAUCAUAUAGAAAUAAUAAAAAAAUAACCAGUAUCAUGGCGCCAAAUAUAAAAACACGAAGAAUUUCUAAAGUUGAAAAUAUGAAAGUACCACUUCAUCAGCCAGCAGCUCUUGUUGGAUGUAGACACGUGCAAGUAUUAUUAAUUACUUUGGGUUUUUUUUGCUGUUAUGCAGUCAGGGUGGCACUAUCAAUAUCACUUGUUGCAAUGACAAAACCAUCAUCAUCAUCAAGCAUAGUGGAAUUUCGAUGGAGUGAUAAAAUACAAAAUUUAAUAUUAAGUUCAUUUUUUUGGGGCUAUGUAUUGAGUCAUAUACCUGGUGCUCAACUUGCUCAACGUUUUGGUGCACAAAAAUUUAUGUGUUUGGCUAUUGGUUUAUGUGGCAUUGUAACUGGAUUAAUACCAAUUGCAGCAACAUAUGGUGAUUGGCAAGCUGUUAUUGUUUUGAGAGUAUUAACUGGUGUAUGUCAAGGUGUUGUACCACCUUGUAUGCAUACAUUAUUAUCAAAAUGGAUACCACAAGAAGAGCGAGGAAGAGCUGGUAGUUGUACUUAUUCUGCCGGUUGGUUGGGUAAUACAAUUUCAUUGAUAACAUGUGGUAUGUUGUCUGGUUCAUCACUUGGUUGGCCAUCAAGUUUUUAUAUUUGGGGAGGUAUUACAACACUUUGGGCUAUUUUAUAUUAUAUUAUGGGCAAAGAAUCACCAUCAGAUCAUCCAAAUAUACCACUUGAUGAAAAACAAUAUAUUGAAUUUAGUCUUGGUGUUACAGAAACAGUUGAGACAUUGAAAACACCUUGGUUUGCAAUCUUGACCUCUAUUCCCGUCUGGGCACUUUUGAUUGCACAGUGUUCACAAGCAUGGGGUUUUUGGAUGCUUUUAGCUAAAACACCAGCUUACAUGGAUAAUGCACUUGGAUAUAAAAUUCAAGAGAAUGGUAUUGUGUCAGCAUUACCGUAUUUAGCUGCUUGGAUACUUGGUUUUCCAUUGAGUUAUUAUUGUGAUAAACUUGUUAAAGAUGGUAAAUUUUCACUUUUAACCAUGAGAAAAAUAUCAAAUACAAUUGGUGAAUGGAUACCAGCAAUGGCAUUAAUUGGCCUUGGUUAUAUUAAUGCAGAUAAUCGUACACUAGCUGUAUGUGUACUUAUAAUUGCUGUUAGUUUUAAUGUUGCUGUAUUUAGUGGUCAUCAAAUGAAUCACAUGGAUCUCUCGCCAAAUUUUGCUGGAACACUCAUGGGUAUUACUAAUGCAUGUGCAGCAAUAUGUGGUAUACUAGCACCACCAAUAUAUGGAAUUAUUGUUUCAGAUCCAACUGAUGUUACGCAAUGGAGAAAAGUUUAUUUUCUAUCAGCUGGUAUUUAUAUUAUUGGUAAUUUAGUAUUUAUUAUAUUUGGCAAAGCAGAUGUUCAAUCAUGGAAUGAUACAACAACAAAAACAACAAAAAAAAAUAUUAAUAAUACCAAAAAAAAUUCAAUUGAUUAUGAAAUAUCAACAAUCAGUAAAAAUUAUAAUAAUAUACCAGAAAAAAUCAUUGAAAAAGAUGAUACUAAUAUUUAAUUAAUUUAUUGUACUAAAUAUAUUUAUUUAUUAUUUUAUAUUGGCAUGGAUUGUCAAUACUGAUUAAUAACAAAAUGUAAAAAAUAAAUUAUUUUAUAUUGUAUUUGUAAAUAAUCAUAAUAUUAUAUAAAAA